AUUUCUGUACGUUGAUACCCUUUUAACGACUCCUACUCACUAACGAUAACACCUGCACUCCCACAGUCCCACUAACCCAUUAAAAUUGUUCUUGCUCUUUUUUCUCUUCCUUUUCACUUUCCUUCACUUCCCGGGAAAAUGUCUAAACCCAACAAAAUCCGUCACAUUGUUAGAAUCCAGCAAAUGCUAAAGCGCUGGCGCAGGAAGGCGAGGCUGGCGGCAUCACACGCACCGUCCGAUGUCCCUUCUGGACACGUGGCAGUCAUCGUAGGGGAUAGUAGCAAGAGGUUCACCAUGGGGGCGACGUACCUGAACCACCCCAUCUUCAAGAAGCUCCUCGUACGAGCUGAAGAAGAGUACGGUUUCAAAAACAUCGGACCGCUAACCAUCCCAUGUGACGAGUCAGUGUUUGAGGAGAUGCUCCGAGUCGUCUCCCGAUCCGACUCGACCAUCUCUUCCCGCUUCUGGAAUCUCGACGAAGUUCAGAGAUGCUGCCACGUCGGGAUCAGGAAUACGCUGGAGUUUUUGGGUGAAUCACUGCCGCUGCUUCAUGGUUAACUAGCAGGGGACUAACUAUUUUAUUUAUAUAUUUUUAAAUUUAGGUUAUUAUUAUUAUUAUUUUUGCGAGUUUUUUUUUAAUUUAUUUUAUGGAGAUGGCGAGUUGGGUUGGGACUUUUUAGUAACCGAGUCAUCCCGAGUUGAAGAGAAAUUAAAAGGGGGGGGCGUAAUGGGAAAGUAUUAUCUCUUGUAAAUUAUGAAUCUAUUGGCUAAUUAUCAAAGAUUUGUACUAAUCAAAUGCUUAAUUUAAGCAGAUUUUUUUUUAUUGUUCAAAA